CCCCCUGUACGAUAUUGCACUAGUCCACCUGCAAAGAUGUCCGGAGUUGAGAAGUUGGUGAUCUUGCUGGUUGCUGUUGUCACAGUUUGCGCCGCUGUAUGGCCCAUUCCGUAUCGGCGUUUUGACAGCAGACCAAAGACCGAUGCCUUCUGCCAGGCACUGUACCCGUUCUGUCCGACAGGACAUCCUGACGGUUCCAUGCCUAAGAUGAUGGACUCUGAUGUGGUGGAGGUUUUCUCCAUGAAGGCACCGGUUUGGGAGUUCAAGUUUGGAGAUCUGUUGGCACAUUUUGACAUCAUCCAUGAUGCCAUCGGUUUCCGUAACAAUCGUACGGGCCUGAACUAUACCAUGGAGUGGUACGAGCUGUUCCAACUGUUUAACUGUACGUUUGGACACGUACUGACUGACAUGGACCCCCCACUGUGGUGUAACCAGGGAGCAGCAUGUCUGUAUGACGGCAUUGAUGACUUACACUGGAGCCAGAAUGGCAGUCUGGUCAAAGUGGCAGAAAUAUCAGGCAAAGUCUUCAACGAGCUGGCAGACUGGGUUCACACAGACAACAACACCGGCAUCUACUACGAAACGUGGAUGGUGCGCAACUCCACCGGCCCAGACUCCAAGCUCUGGUUCGAAGCCUUCGACUGUGCCAGCUUUGUCAUCCGAACCUUCAACAAGCUGGGGGACCUGGGAGCCAAGUUCAACACCAGCGUACAAACCAACUACACAAAGAUCACCCUCUUCUCCGAUCAGCCUGUGCACCUAGGCAACACAUCCACCAUCUUUGGUCCAAAGGGAAACAAAACCCUGGCCACGGAAAUCAGGACUUUCUACGAGCAUUUCCAAGCACACCAGCCAUUCCCCUCAUUGCUUAAGAGUAUGUUGGAGGCCUUUGAUACAAUAGUUUUGGAAAAGAAGUGGUAUUUCUUCUACAAUUUUGAGUACUGGUUUUUGCCGAUGAAAGAGCCAUUUCUAAAGCUCACAUAUGAAGAAGUACCACUACCAGGGAGAAAAGAAGUCACUUUGGCAUAA